UUGAUCUGGUUCUUUUUUAUAGAUCGGUGAGAGUCUGUUAUCUGAUGAUUGUACUUUCUUUAUGCUUGAUCAGUUAAUUUUGUUUUCUAUUCUUUCCAUGAGCUUGUGGCCCUCUCUUAUUUUUGUUUUAUUUCUUAUUUAAUCUGGUAUUUCAAAUCAAAUUUUUCUAUGUUUUCAGAUUAUAAUUUGUUUUGUUGAGAUCUGCUGAGGUCCGUAACUUUUUCAACUUUUGGGUCACCGAUUGUUUUUUUCAUGGUUUUUGCUAUGAUAUGCUCCGGCCAUGUUUGAUUCAAGUUUUGUGGUAACUUGUAUUUGCUUUGAUCGAGUAUAAAUUUCUACGCGUCGGUCCAUAGGAUCGAACUAUCCCUAUUUAAAUUAUUCCGACAUAAUACGAACUAAAAUUUAGAACUCUUUAUUCCUACCGACCCAAACGAGAAUUUUUUUUUCAAAAAAAAGCUGGAAAAAACAAAAAUCACGCUUUUACUAUUCUUCGUCUUUUGAAUCUCCAAAAGAUUUAUCUUGUAAAUCUCAAAGCACUGAUUAAUCUCUCGACCACGAACUUGAAUUUAGAGGCGAGCACUUGGAUCGAUUCAUUAUUGGUGAAGAGAUUGGGGAAAAGCUUGAAGCUUGCGAUGGGAUGACAUCGGAGCAGUGGACCUGCUGCUGAUUCCUCGAAGGGGGGAGAAAAAUGAUUGGAAAUUGAUGAUAGGCUUGGGCGGGGUGGGGAGGAGAAUCAUCUAUGGAGACAGGGUUGCCGGAUUCACCGCCACGACGACUGAUGAAUGAUCUCAGAGCUGUUCUUCCCCGAGAAUCCUCUCAGAUGGAAUGGCAGAUCCGAUCAGCUAUGGGAAUCCCGAUCGCGACACUGAGCAGGCACUUAUUGCAUUGAAGAAAGGCACACAGUUAAUCAAGUAUAGUCGCAAAGGAAAGCCUAAAUUUUGCCCAUUCAGAAUCUCUCGUGAUGAAACAACAUUAAUAUGGUAUUCACAUAAAAAGGAGAGGGCUAUCAAACUAGCUUCUGUCAUACGAAUCACUCUUGGUCAGAGAACAGCUGUUUUUAGGAGAUUUCCACGCCCUGAGAAAGAUUAUUUGUCAUUUUCUCUUAUAUAUAAUAAUGGUGAACGAUCUCUGGAUCUGAUUUGCAAGGACCAAGCAGAGGUAGAGGUGUGGUUGGCCGGACUUAGAGCACUGAUUUCUACAGGUCAGCACAGACAUUCUAGAGGUGACAGCCAGAGUGAUGGAAUAUUGUUUUCUGAUGAUAGUGGAGAAUACUGUCGUCCUUAUGGUGCAUCAAUAGAUAGUACUUUAAGUAUUUCCCGUAGUUUAAACACAAAUUUUUACACUUGCGAGCCUUCUUGGAGUUUACGAAGGUCAGAUGUGGGGUCAGAUCGUGCAAAUAUGCAACUAAGAUCAAGUAACGCAGAUAAUGUGCGACUUAGUAUUUCAAGUGCCCCUAGUUCCUCCAGUCAAGGCUCUGGACCAGAUGAUAUUGAAUCUUUAGGUGACGUUUAUGUCUGGGGAGAGAUAUGGUCUGAUGGGAUUGUAUUAGAUGGAUCAACAAACUCCCCAUCCUCAAGAACUGAUGUUUUACUUCCAAAGCCGCUAGAAUCAAAUGUAGUUUUAGAUGUUCAUCAGAUAGCAUGCGGUGUUAGGCAUGUUGCACUUGUUACAAGGCAAGGAGAGGUAUUCAGUUGGGGUGAGGAAUCUGGUGGGCAGCUCGGUCAUGGAAAUGACAAAGAUGUUAGUCGGCCUCGUCUUGUUGAGUCAUUAGCAGUAUGGAAUAUGGAUUAUGUUGCAUGUGGUGAGUAUCAUACUUGUGCUAUAUCCACUGCUGGUGACUUGUUUACUUGGGGAGAUGGUGCUUAUAACACUGGACUUCUUGGCCAUGGCACUAACAUCAGUCAUUGGAUUCCUAAAAGAGUUUCUGGCAAUUUGGAAGGAGUUCAAGUUUUGUUUGUUGCAUGUGGUACAUGGCAUUCAGCACUUAUUACUUCAAAUGGAAAGGUAUUCACAUUUGGUGAUGGAACAUUUGGUGUUCUAGGACAUGGUGAUCGGGAGAGUGUAGCAUACCCAAAGGAAGUUGAAUCUUUGAGUGGAUUAAGGACUAUUAAGGUAGCAUGUGGAGUGUGGCAUACGGCAGCUAUUGUUGAGGUAAUGGGACAGGUGGGUGUUAAUGUUAUAUCGAGAAAACUGUUUACCUGGGGCGAUGGGGAUAAGUACCGUCUGGGUCAUGGAGACAAGGAAGCACGCUUGGUUCCUACAUGUGUUUCUUCGCUUAUUGACUACAACUUCCAUCAGCUGGCAUGCGGGCAUAACAUCACCGUGGCACUUACAACGUCUGGGCAUGUUUUCACAAUGGGCAGUACUUCUCAUGGUCAGCUAGGAAAUCCUCAAUCUGAUGGUAAGUUGCCUCGCUUGGUGCAGGAUAGAUUGAUAGGUGAGUUAGUGGAGGAGAUAUCCUGUGGGGCUCACCAUGUUGCAAUAUUGACUUCAAGAAGUGAAGUAUACACGUGGGGAAAAGGUGCUAAUGGAAGAUUAGGACAUGGUGAUGUUGAAGAUCGGAAAACGCCUACUUUCAUUGAAGCUCUUAAAGACAGGCAUGUUAAAAGUAUAUCAUGCGGUUCAAAUUUUACAGCCUGCAUUUGCAUUCAUAAGUGGGUGUCAGGUUCCGAUCAAUCAGUUUGCUCGGGAUGUCGGCAGGCAUUUGGUUUCACCAGAAAGCGGCACAACUGUUACAAUUGUGGGCUGGUACAUUGCCAUGCUUGUAGUUCCAAAAAGGUGUUGAAAGCUGCACUGGCACCUACCCCUGGCAAACCACAUCGUGUAUGUGAUUCUUGCUAUUCAAAAAUUAAAGCAGCAGAGGCUGGUAAUGCUGCUACUUUUGUCAAGAAGAUUACAACUCCUCGCCAAUCCAUUGAUGGCAGGGAGAGAUCAGAUCGGGGAGAGAUAAGAUCUUCAAAGAUACUAGUGGCACCUCAUGCAGAAGCAGUCAAGUAUGCUGCAGUAAAGAAUGAGAUCAAAUCAGAUUCUCAGUCUGGAAACAGAGCUUCCCAAGUUCCAUCGCUAUUACAGCUAAAAGAUAUUGCUUUUCCUAGCUCAUUGACCGCACUUCAAACCGCUUUAAAACCAAUUGUUACAUCUGCACCUCCCCCUGCUUCUACAUACACCAUGAAGCCAAGUCCUCCACACUCUACGACUCCAGUAUUUUCUAGAAGUGUCAUCGACAGCCUAAAGAAGACUAAUGAACUGCUAAAUCAGGAAGUCUUGAAGUUGCAAACCCAGGUUAAAAAUUUGAAAGAAAAGUGUGAAAUUCAUGAUGUAGUGUUGAAGAAAUCGGAGAAGAAGGCUGAAGAAGCUGCAUUUUUAGCUGCAGAAGAAGCUGCCAGGUGCAAUGCUGCAGUGGAAGUCAUCAAAUCUCUUGAUAUUCAGCUGAAGGAGAUUGCAGAGAAACUGCCCCUUGAGGUUAGUGACAACAUAUUGGUCAUGCAUACUCAAGUAGAAUCGUUCUUAAAGACCAGUGAAAAUGGCUCGAAAGUUUCUUCUUCCUUGGUUAUAGACUCUUCAGAAAAUGAUCAGCCUCACCUAACCAAUGAGGGAACAUCUGACAUUCAUGAUCAGAAAAUAGAAAAUGUUAGGGAUGACUUAGAAUUCUCGCAAAAUGCAGUUGAUGGUGAUGGUCAAAAUGAUGGCAAAUCAGCUGUUGCUGCUAGCGGGGAGGCUACUGCUCACCACAGCAUAGAAAAUGACCCAAAGGCAGAAUCAACAGAGCAGUUUGAGCCUGGUGUAUAUGUGACUUUCGUUCAGUCUUGGGAUGGUACCAAACUUUUUAAACGGGUCCGAUUCAGCAAAAGAAGAUUUGCCGAGCAGCAAGCAGGAGAUUGGUGGAAUAGAAACAAAGAAAGGGUGUUCGAAAAAUACAACCAUCCAGUGCAGGGCGCACCUCCCACAUUACCUGCAAGUGCACCUCCAGCUGAGGAAGAAGAUGCAGCACCAUCUUCAGAAUCCUAGCUUUUUUUUUUCUAUAAGUUAGAUUACAUUACAUAGCAGUGGAGAAAAUGCAAGAAUGCUACCAGCCAUUGAGCGCUUUUGAAGGAAAUUUUAUCUAGCAGUGGAGAAAAUGCAAGAAUGCUACCAGCCAUUGAGCGCUUUUGAAGGAAAUUUUAUCUGGAUGUGGGAGGUUGUGUAUGCUUCCUACCGCUAGCAGAAAGCUGCAAUAUGGUCUUGGCAGGAGGUUGAAAUUUUGUUUUUUCUCUUUGCUUUUUGUCCCACCCAGGGUUCUGUCAUUUUGUACCAUUGUAUAGUUAAUAUCCAACGGUUGAAAGUGAAUCAUUUUUAUUUCAAUUGCAAAAUUAUUUAUUUUUUUACUUCAA